UUGGACUGAACAUCACUUUAUAUCUGGAAUAUCGGUGUACAGUACAUGAGAAAAUGACCGAAGCCGACGACGGAGCGGAGUUGGUGUUCUUCGAUACCUUCUCGCACGAAGAAGUUACUGACAUCAAUUUGGACUUAGUGCAGUUCCCAAAGCCGGUGUUUAUUACGCAAGUGAGAAUAAUACCAUUGGGCGCACGUGUGCAGGCCGACUUCCCAGGCGGCGUCCGCCUGGGCGCCACGAAUCCCUCGAAAUUCGACCUGGAAUUUUUCGUUAACGACCUGGGCAUGCCAGGUGCAUCAGCAUUUGAAAACCUUGGAGUGCUGCGCUAUAAUCAAAACGACUGCAUUCAUUUGGAUUGUUCCCAAGAAAAGAUUCCCACAGAUGGCCUGGUGUUGCGAGGCUGGUAUAGCACAAUUACACUGGCUGUGUACGGCAUACUAACCAAUUCUGUGACUGAGCCCAUAGCUAGUCCAACGUUGCCAUGUGAGCCGGCAGCACCAGAGAUGUGCAAUCUAAGUGGCGAGACCCGCCAAGUGCUUUUAGAAGACGAGGUCCUCAAGGACGAGUGGUCAGAGCCGAUGGCUACUGAACUAUUGGCUCACAAGACAAGUGUCAGUGACUAUGAACAUGACGACAUAGAAUAUGGCAUCCCACGAGAGCAUUAUCAUCAGCACGCAGAGGAUGACCAACGUGAUAUUCGCCGCCUGCGUCGCUCUACUCAUUCGACAGAUCAUUCGCCGCCACCUGCGCGCACACACUCUCAUUCAGAGAGCAAUGAAAGAGAAUACUUGCGAUGCCCGCGCGAUAAAGCACGGGAUUGGUCACGUUCGCCAGAGUACUCUAGUCGACGCUCCCGUCGGAAACGCUCUGAGCGUUCGCGUUCUGAUGCCGAAGAUCACAAAUGGCCACGUACACCCCCAGCUUCCAUAGAUUCCCCUACUCGUCCACGGUCGCCCGACACCAUGGAGUACGAUGACGAAGACACGCGUUCGCAUUAUAAAAUGCAAACCUCACAUGUCUACCGCCACUCUUCGGAGUCCCUGCACCGCGAAGAUGAGGAGCGAUCGGGCACACCACAAGAACAGUUUGAACCCAUCUUGAGUGAUGAUGAAAUCAUUGGAGAUGAUGAGGAAGAAGACGAUACAGAAGAUGCGGCUGCUGCAGCAGAGUAUGAACGUGAACUGGAGGCAGCUGCCGCAACCGCGCCUCCAGCUAUAGACGCUUUUGAGCCCUGGCAGCGACCACUUCUUGUCUACAAGUGUGACUUGCAUGCACAUUAUAAAAAGGAAUUAGACAAUUUACGGCUCCAAUUCAAGAAGCUGUCGGUACAAACAAAGUGCGAGAAUGUGACUGCAUUCAAUGAGGAGCAUGGCGUUACAGUCGACGAACGCGAACAAUUUGUCUACCUCGGCGAGCAACUGAACAAUCAACUGGGCUACCUAACGCUGCACUAUAAGCGUCGAAAUUAUGUGCUGGAUCAAUUCUUUAAGAACGAUGAUUUGCAUUUGCGCCAAGCAGCCAAUAUCUUGAAAAUUGCACUGAGCUUCCAAGCGGCCUGCAUGCAGCCACAGCCUGCUUUUAAGAUUCGUCAUAUCAAGCUGGGGGCCCGUAUGGCAGAACUCCUAUGCAACAAUGUCCUCUUGUUCCAGCAUCUGCUGAAGGAGCACAACUUUGAUGCUUUCGAAGCUGUCUUUAAGCUCUAUCAUGAACCUUACAUGGCGCUAUCUAUCAAACUGCAACUUCUAAAAGCCGUUUAUUCAAUGCUGGACACUGAGACAGGCAUCAAACACUUUUUGAACUCAAAAAUAAAUGGCUACUCCAUGAUUAUCCAGUCCAUUAAAACGGCUAAGCUGACGCGCACUAAAUAUGCACUGCAGGCGAUCAUUAAGAAACUACACCUUUACGAGGCACUGAAAACUGUGCGGCUAAUCUGCUCCCAACUCUUUUUGUUUACCGAAGAAUUGGAAUCGGAUAAAAAGCCUUUAGCAUUUCAGCACAUUGAAUAUGCUUUUGAAAUGUUAAUGGACGCAUUGGCCGCAAAUUCUUUGAGUUAUCAGCAACCACGUCGAUUCUUACCUGUCUCAAAAAAGUUCGAAGUGGUCACGGAUCCGAGUGCACAACGCAGCUUUGGCAAUGCCCUGCAGUCGUACCUUAAGCAACACUGUUUUGCCGAAUCGUUGCUAGUAAUUCUUAGCAAUUCGAAAGAGCUGCCUCCCACCACUUUUUUGUGUACAAUAGAUCUUAUGCAUGUGCUUCUUAGAUCACAUGUGGGUAUCGAUUAUUUUGUGGACGAUGCGUUUGAUGUGACACAACUUAUUGUGGCUAUUUUAUUGGGCUUGGAUGAGGUUCCAGCUGAGCUUAAAACGGAACUAAAGAAGGAGGAGGAGGAAGAAGGAAAAGAGGAGACCGCGGAUAAUCCAAUGGAUACUGCUGAGGAAAAGGAAGCAGGAAUUAAAGUUGAGGGUGCUGUCGAAGCUGUUGAAGCACCAAAAGCAGUUGCUCCUGUAAUAACUGUGCAUACUCCCCAAAUGGCUCCACCGAAACCCAUCAUUCUCCGUCCUGUCUUGCCUCGCUUGGCCAGACUGGGCAUUGAAUUGGCCUAUAAGGUACAGACGCGCUAUCACUUGGAUGCUAUUAUUUUUACGGCUGGGUCGCCCGAAAACGAUGCCGUCAAGCUAGCUACACAUAUGCACGCCAUUUACUCGCAAACUUGUGAUCCGGCUGGUCGUCAACACACCGUCGAAGUGUUGGGUAUGAACAAUAACCUGAAAAUAUUCAUGGACUUAAUCAAAAAGGAGCAACGUCUGCAGACGCAACGACAGCUUAUCUCGCCGGGUAACAAAUACAAAAGUCCAGUACUCAGCUAUGCGGUAGAUAUGGUCGACUCAUGUGUACGCUACUGCGAACAGUUAGACUAUCUUAUCGAACAUGGUGGUGUCAUAUUGGAGCUGGCCAAAAAUCAUGAAACUUUCGAGCCCUCUGUCUCGGCUGUGCUGCAGGAAAUGUAUGUGUAUAUGAAACCGUUGGAAGCGAUUAAUGUGUUUGCGUAUGAUGACAUUAUGCCUCUGGUUGAGGUUAUAGGACGUUCCUUGGAUUACCUUACGACAUUUCCGGGCGAUUUAAUAAUGGCACUACGCAUUUUGCGUUUUCUGGCCACAAGUAAAAUACCAGUACCAGGCGUCAAGACACAAAAACGCACGAACACCGAGGAACUGAAACAUAGAUUUGUCGCUCUCCAACUCUAUGCAGCGGACGGCGUACAGCUACUCAUCCAGAUACUGGAGCGCCUUUGCACAUACUUUGAACAACCAGGAUUACAUGCUCCCGCAUUGAUGACCAUACAGGGCGUGCAUUGCAGCCAGAUUUUGCUUCCAACGCUGCAAAUACUGCGCGAGCUGCUUACCUACGCCAUUUUAUGUCGCGAUGGCAGCUUCAAGGAUCUUACAGCGGUCGAUCAUUUGGUGAAGGUUUACUUUUUACUUUACUAUUAUCCAACGCGCUGUCAGGCUGGCGCUGAGGUGGAACAAUGCAAGCUGGAGGUAGUGCAAACAUUAUUAGCCUACACACAGCCUCAUGAGCAGGACGAAGAGUCGCUGCAUAAAUCACUUUGGACGCAGAUGAUACGUGAAGUUCUCAAAAAUAUAGAUGGUCCGGCUAAUUUUAUACCAGGUCUCAAGCUAAUGGCCGAGCUGCUCCCAUUGCCGUUACCCAUGCCACAGCCUUUGGCCGAUCAGUUGCAGCAGCAGCACAAGCAACGUUUGAUAACAGAGCGCAAACUCUGGUCGGCACAUUUGCAUCCACAGAGCGGACAAAUUGCGAAACUAGUCGAGGCAUUAGCCCCAUCGAGUUUUCCACAGUUGUCCGAGCUGCUGCAACGCGUUUGCAUGCAAUUGUCGGAUUUGGCUCCAAACAUGACACUACUUAUUGCUAAAACUAUAACCGAGCUGUUAUGCAAUGAGUAUCACAGCUCCAAUUGCAUACCUACCACCAAUUUGGAGCGCUUGUUGCGCUUCUCAACGCGUCUUUGUGCAUUUGCGCCGCUUAAAAGCUCAAUGCUUUCCAUAUUGUCUGGCAAAUUCUGGGAUCUGUUCCAAUCGCUGCUGGCUAUGAAUGAGUUUAAUGAGGUGGUCUCAAAGUGUCAAGAGGCAGUCCAUCGAAUUUUGGACAGCUUUCUGGAUUCGGGUAUAUCAUUGAUAUCGCAUAAAUCAACGGCUCCAGCGACGCUCAAUUUGGCUGCUGCCUUGCCGCCCAAGGAGCUCAUACCGCGUAUUAUAGAUGCCGUUUUUAGCAAUCUAACGAGCGUGGAAGUCACACACGGCAUUUCCAUUCUGGCUGUACGUAAUUUGGUUAUCCUGACUGAGCAUGACUAUACAUUUUAUCAUAUGGCGCUAUUGCUAAAGCAAAAGAUAACGGAAUUUCAGGCUUGGAUGGAACGCGUCAUUCUGCACAACGAGAAUGUCGAAUAUAAUGCUAAUAUUGAAUCGCUUAUAUUGCUGUUGCGUUCAUUAACUCAAAUCGAACCGCCGCCAAUGCUCUCUGCCAUGCCCCAUCGUACGUUGAAACUGGGCGCUACAGAGCUUGCACAGUUAGUAGAAUUUCAAGAUAUGGAAAUUGAAAGGCCACCAGUCCUGACACGCAUACUCACAGUGUUGGAGAAGCAUAAGGCAGUAGCGAAUGAGGCAGCGUUGUGCGAUUUAAAACAGCUUAUUGCGUUACUGGCAUCGAAGCAGGAGCCGGCGAGCACAGAACCUACUGGAGUGGUAUCCACGGAGCAGCACAUUGAAAGUGAGCCCAUCUCUAUUGCUGCUAACAUCCCAGCUAGCAAUCCUGCGCCUCUUAACGUAGAACCAUUCCUGCCGCAAGCGGAGGGCAUUGUUACCCAAUACGAGGCCCGUCCAAUAUUCACUCGCUUCUGCGCAACCGCCGAAAAUGCUCAACUAACUGCCCGCUACUGGCUGGAUCCACUACCCAUUGAAGUCAUCGAGGACAUGAAUGAGCCGCUGUACGAACGCAUUGCCUGUGAUUUAACAGAUUUGGCAAAUGCGUGUCUGAAUCCGGAUCUUAAUCUCACAGGCGACUGUAAGCGUGUACUGCAUUUGUCUGGUUCGCCACAAUCGAGCCGUGAGUUAACGCCCACAGCGUCCUGCUUCCGCACAAGACGAGUUGAAGUAGAGCCAGCUACAGGUCGGCCGGAGAAGAAAAUGUUUAUAACUGCGGCCCGAGGCCGGGGAUUUGCACGACCACCACCAUCACGUGGUGAUCUUUUCCGCUCUAGACCGCCAAACACGUCCCGCCCGCCGUCUCUGCAUGUAGAUGAUUUUCUAGCGUUGGAAACAUGCGGUGCACAGCCCACCGGACCGACGGGCUACAAUAAAAUACCCUCAAUGUUGCGUGGGUCCCGUGUGGGGCGCAAUCGUGGCUCCCGCAUCUCAGCGGCCGCAGCCUUUAGACAAAAGAAACUGAUGCGCAUUGGUUCGCCGUCUAGCUGGUCGGAGUCGACAGGCACACCAUAUCGAUCCAGCACCUCUGAAUCACAUUUUGGCAGCGGGGACUCACAUUAUGCAUCAGUUCCUCACUACAGUAGCCGACCACGUGGGCGCGGACUUCGUUCACGGCCGUCCUAUUUGCGAUAAAAUUAAACACAAAUUUAUCCAAUAUAAGAGUUAUUGUAUAUUCUAGUGAGAAUAUGCAUCUACAUAUGUAUAAUUUAAGACUCAGUAAUAAUAGAAUGCAAACGGACAUCGUGCGCUUCCAUGGGCAGCUGUUCAUCACUCACAAUCUGUUCGUUGAGUGCCAAAGCCAUAAAAGUAACCUUUUUUUGUGG